AUGAAGUUCAAGGUGCCUGCCACUGGAGCGCCUGCCGCCAAGGAGCUGACCGGUGACCCUGAGGCCACAGGUGGGAGCGACGCGCUAUCUCCGUUGUCACCAGGCGGCGAUGACUCCCUGGGCUCCGACGGAGACUGUGCGGCCAACAGCCCGACGACGGACGGGGGUAUCCAGGAGCCUGCGCCAAGCGGGUCGGUCCCAGAGGAGGAGGAGUCGGCGGCGGCGGGGGGCGCGAGAAACAGCGGGGCCGGGGCCGCGAGGCCUGGCGAGGGCGUGCGCGGCGAGGGUGGUCGCGGCAAACCUUACACACGGCGGCCUAAGCCCCCGUACUCCUACAUCGCGCUCAUCGCCAUGGCCAUCCGCGACUCCGCAGGCGGCCGCCUAACGCUCGCGGAAAUCAAUGAGUACCUCAUGGGCAAGUUUCCUUUCUUCCGCGGCAGCUACACCGGCUGGCGCAACUCCGUGCGCCACAACCUCUCCCUCAACGACUGCUUCGUCAAGGUGCUACGCGAUCCCUCCCGGCCCUGGGGCAAGGACAACUACUGGAUGCUCAACCCCAACAGCGAGUACACCUUCGCCGACGGGGUCUUCCGCCGCCGCCGCAAGCGCCUGGGACACAAGGUUGCGGUUCCUGUCGCUACCGCGGCCACCAGCGGCCCGGGCCGCGCCUCGCCCUCGCCUCACCCACGCUCGCCCGCCCGCCCGGAGGACAGCGCCAGCCCCGCGGGCAAGUUUUCCAGCUCUUUCGCCAUAGACAGCAUCCUCAGCAAGCCCUUCCGCAGUCGCCGCGAGCCGGGCGCGGACGCCAAAGCGCGCCUGCUGUGGAGCGCGGGCUGCGCGCCUCCCGCCCCACCGGCGCCUCAUCCUGCGCCCGGGGCGGCCCCGCUGCCGCUCUACACCUUCGAGGCUCGCGAGCCACCGAUGCUGCUGGGCGCGCGGGCCGGGGACGCGCCACCCCUUCUCCUUGCGUCCUUCCCUUCCUGCACUCCGGGAGAGCCCUUCUGCGCCCCGCUGAACGGAGCCGGUUCGCCUCCCUGCUGCCCCCUGCGGCCACCGGGCGCCCUGCAGGCUGCCCUAACCGCGGGGUCCGGCGUGUACCGCGCGGGCCGGGUAGAGACGCUUCUGGCCUGA